UAUAUAUAUAUAUAUAUAUAUAUAUGGCAUAAUAUUUCGUAGCUGAAUCCUAAUCGCCUGUUAGCAAAAGUAUAUAUAUAUAAUAUAAUAAUAAUAGGGAUUCAAAUCCCCAACCUCAAAGACGCCAACUGAGUCGUCGUCGUCGUUCCUGUCGCCAUUGAUGGAGUCUGUCCCGAAGAAACGGAAAAUAGAAGGAAGAUGCUCUCGUCAGCCUAUCCCUGACGAGCUCAUCUCGGAGGUGCUUGUUCGGCUGCCGGUGAAGUCCCUCCUCCGAUUCCGGUGCGUAUCCAGGACCUGGCGUUCUCUGAUCUCCGAUCCUCACUUAAUUGAAUCCCACCACCGCCGUUCGCAGCAGCACCCCCUCGCUCUCGUCAGAGAAUGGAACUUAAACGGCGACAAUAAGGGCAAAGCAACCUACGUUCCGACCAGGGGAGCUACCCUGCAAAGAAUAUACUAUGAUGUCGCCGGCUUCAACAGCAUCAGCGACAUGGCCGUCAGAGUAUUCUCCUCCUCUCCCGAUCUCAUAUGCAUCCGAGAAGACGGCAGCCGCUGCUCGCUGCUAAAUCCGGCGACGCGGGAGCGGGUGACUCUGCCUGAGUUCUCUUCUGGGAAUACCACUUUUCUUCGCUACGUGGGGUUUGGCUACGUACCAUCCCUGAGGAAAUUCAAGGUCGCCAGGGUCUUCGGCCACGUGGAUAUAGACCGUGGGAGCGGCCGACAGGUAGUGGAAGAGAGAUGCGCGGUGCUCACCGUCGGCGUCGACCGAUCAUGGAGGCCGGCGAGAGGUCCUCCUUUUAUGAUCACGCGGGAUCAAAUGGCGUUCGUCAACGGAGCCCUACACAUGACGCCGAGCACGGAGGAAGGCAAGGGAUUGGCGGCGCUCGAUCUCGAGACGGAGGCGUGGCGGGUGAUUCCGAUGCCGCGCGGCUGUAUUUUGUGA